CCUUAUAAUUUAUACAAAAAGAGCUUCUGCUGCGACUCAGUGCUUGAAUCCAAGGCAUACAAUUUUCCGACGACAUACUCAGAAACUAUUUAGUUCUGACUAUGCGUCAGACCCAUUUGCCGGAAGUUCUUGGACUUGUAAGUCCCCAAGAAAACCUUAUCGGCUAAAAAUGAUCAGAAUGGCUCGAGCCCUAUCUCUAUUUUUCUCUGCACCACCACAUACGUAUUCAACUCGAUUUAGACAAAAAUCUGCAUCCGCUGGGUUUCGAACUUUGCACCAGCCGAUCAUCCACAGCAAUGUAAAAACAAAAAGCCUGCGUUGUAGCUCUCGGCAAUCUUCAGCUCAGACAACUUCAACCUCCAAACAGUCCGCCAUUGACUCUAGAACAGGUGAGAAAGAAGAUGAGAAGAAGAACAGAGUUUCCACCAGACAGCGUGUGAAUAAGGGCGACCAAGAGGAAGACAUUGAUCCUAGGCAAUUCCGUGAAAACAGGUUGCAAGUUUUGGCAGCAAUGAAGGAUUCUGGAGUAAACCCUUAUCCUCACACGUUUCAUGUAUCUCUAUCCAUCGCUGCUUUCAUUGAGAAGUAUGGAGGUUUAAGUAGUGGAGAACAUCUUAAUGAUGUAGAAGUUUCUUUAGCUGGGAGGAUAAUGAGUAAGAGGAGCUCAGGAACAAAGCUGAACUUCUAUGAUUUGCAUGCUGAUGGAGCAAAAGUACAGGUUAUGGCGGAUGCAAGCAGCUCAGGAAUGGAGGGAGAUGAAUUUGUUAAGCAUCAUGCUGGAAUAAAGCGUGGUGAUAUUGUUGGAAUUUGUGGCCAUCCGGGUAAAAGUAAAAGGGGAGAACUUAGUAUAUUUCCAUCAUCCAUGACGGUUCUUUCACCUUGUUUACGGAUGCUCCCAGUAAAGGAUGACCGUGUUAGGACAAAGGAAAGUGAGGGAGAUGACAUGUCGGGUAUUUGGGCUCCUGGUCGUCCUAGACACCCUGAAAGGUAUGCCCUGAAAGACCAGGAAACAAGAUACCGGCAACGCUAUCUAGAUUUGAUGGUUAAUUCUGAAGUUAGAAAUAUCUUCAAAACAACAUCAAAGAUUAAAUCGUAUGUACGGCAGUUCCUGGAAGACCUUGAUUUUCUGGAGGUUGGAACACCGAUGAUGAAUAUGAUACCUGGUGGAGCUGCUGCCAGGCCAUUUUUGACUCAUCACAAUGAUCUUGAUAUGAGGUUAUACAUGCGCAUUGCGCCAGAGCUUCGCCUGAAAGAACUUAUUAUUGGGGGAUUUGAUCGAGUAUAUGAAAUCGGAACACAAUUUCGAAAUGAGGGCAUAGAUCUGACUCAUAACCCAGAGUUUACUACUUGUGAAUUCUAUAUGGCUUAUAAAGAUUACAACGAUUUGAUGGAACUCACAGAGCAAAUGUUGCCAGGAAUGGUUAAGAAGUUAACUGGUGGCUAUAAAAUUAAAUACCAUGCUGAUGGAGCAGACAGGGAUCCCAUAGAAAUUGACUUCACUCCUCCUUUUAGAAGGAUAGAUGUAAUCCAGGGGUUAGAAGAAGCGGCAGGUCUUGACAUUCCCAAAGAUCUGUCAUCUGAUGAGGCAAAUAAGUAUCUUAUAGAUGCUUGUAACAAAUUUGAUGUGAAAUGCUCUUCCCCACAAACAACAGCUCGUUUGCUGGACAAGCUUGUGGAGCAUUUCUUGGAGGAGACAUGCUUGAACCCAACCUUCAUCAUAAAUCAUCCCCAGAUCAUGAGCCCUCUGGCAAAGUGGCACAGAACAAGACCAGGAUUAGCCGAGCGGUUUGAACUAUUUGUAAAUAAGCAUGAGUUGUGCAAUGCAUAUACUGAGCUCAAUGAUCCAAUUGUCCAACGGCAAUGCUUUGCAGAUCAGCUCAAGGAUAGACAAUCAGGUGAUGAUGAAGCAAUGGCUUUUGAUGAGGCAUUUUGUACUGCAUUAGAGUAUGGUUUGCCACCAACUGCUGGUUGGGGAAUGGGUAUGGAUCGUCUUGCAAUGAUUUUAACAGACUCCCAGAAUAUCAAGGAGGUUAUUCUUUUCCCUGCAAUGAAACCCCAAUUAUGAUUGGGGAGCAUUAAGACACAUUUUUGAUAAAAUUUGCUUCGAUUAUCUUUACCUCUUAUAUGCCUAGUCAAGAUUGUUGUUGUAUCAAUUUCACAAGAAAUGCUUCUUUGCUAUUGCCCCUUAGGAAUUUUUGGUAUAGUUAAGUAGUGUUUGUUAUUUGAUACAAUCUCUAAAUUGACCUUUUAUUCAAUGGGCAUAAUUAAAGGGUCAUCAAUGUUAAGCGGAGAUAAAAGAUUUGCUUUUGUUUUGUGCAAAGGAUCAAAAUUUCAAGCAUUGCAAAGAUUGCUGAAAUAUAAAAGGUGAAUUUCCUUGUAAAGAUGUCUUUAAUUAGCAUCAAUUAGCAGAUUCUAUCUGUUUACC